GUUUUAAAUUUAAAAAAAUAAUCCAGGCACAUUCCAGUAUGGACUUCAGUGCUUCAUUUACGCAGGACUCUGAUGAAGUUCAGGAACUGUUUUGUGAACAUUGUGAUAAACAGGACAAGCAAUACGUUCCUGCUGAGGGAUUUUGUGAGGAAUGUUUCGUGUACUUGUGUGGUAUAUGUCUGAAGUUCCAUAAAAGAUAUAUGCUCUCCCAUAGUAUCAAAGAUAAGGAUAAUAUGCCACAGGAUUUCUGUCAAGAGAAAUGUUCUGUUCAUCAAGAUGAAUUAGUCAAGUUCUUUUGUCAAACUUGCAAAAUAUUUGCCUGUACUGAAUGCAAGACUCAAAACCAUGGGAGCUGUAUAACGGUCAGUCAUAUUCCAGCUCUCGUUCCCGGGAUUGAAAACAGUCAAGAGAUCAAAGAACUUAAUGAAAAUCUUGAUGAGUUAAUGGAAGAUUUGGAAAAUACAGACGAACACAUGAACAUAAGCAUGGAGGAGGUUGCUUCACAAGAAACAAUGAUAUUAGGUACAGUUAUGAAAAAGAAAACAGAAAUACUGUUAGCGUUUGUAAAACAUAAGGAAGAAGUAAUUCAACACUUAGGAAAGAGAAUAGAAGAAACAGUAAAAAUACUUAAACAAGAGAAAAAAGAGAAAAUUGAAAAAUUAAGUGAAAAUCAAAGGAAAUUAGAAAAGUUAUUAAAUGAUGAGGAAAAUGAAAUAAAGAAGAAAAUUGAAAUCAUAAAAAAGAACGAUGAGAAGAUUUUGAAAACAAUUGCUGAAGAAACAUUAAAAAUGAGAACAAAACUAAACACCAUAUCAGCAGAGUUGGUUAAUCAUCAAAAAAGAGAUCGAAGAUGUCAACUGUUUGUUGCUAUGAAGAAGGGAGAAGAAAUCAUUGAACAAUUAAAACCAGAUGCAGAUAAACUAAGUAAAAACAUUUCAAUUCAUUAUUACAAGGUUGAAUGCACCGCUUCUGUACAGAAUAUAACAGAUUUACAACACUGUGAUAAAUUUUUCACUUUUCAAGAAAUACAUGAGUCUGAAGUACAAAGAACUGCAAGGUAUAACACAGAUAUUAAAGGCACAUUUGACUCCUGGUCAUCUUUAUGCUUAUUAUCAGAAAACUGUCUUCUGAUAAGUAACUAUAAAUCUUCAAACCUUGCUAUAUUCAAGGAUAUGUCAGUCAACACUUCAUCAUAUGAUACAAUAGACCUGUCUUUUAACCCUUGGGCUGUUGCUAAAGUUGACAAUUACAAAGCUGUUGUCACAUUUCCUAAAUUUGGAUUAAUAAGACUGAUAACAUUCUCUAAGUGCAUGACAGUGACCAACACUGAAGAUAUAAAAGUAGGAGAGCUGUGCUGUGGUGUUGCCUAUAGUAACAACAAGCUUUUAGUAUCUUACAUAACCAAUCCAUCUGCAGUGAAGAUACUUGACAUGUCUGGUAAAGUACUGAAAAUAUUUGAUAGAGAUCAUCAUGGGAAAUGUCUGUUUGUUCAUCCUCAUUACAUAACAAUCAGCGCAGACAGCAUGAUUAUAUAUGUAUCUGACUUUAAGGAAAACUGUGUAUUAGGUUUAACUUUUGAUGGGGAUGUAAAGGCCAUUUACAAUGAUGGUCAGCUGGAAAGUCCAUAUCAGCUGACUGUAGAUCAGUAUGGAAAAGUGUUUGUAUGCGGAGUUCAGUCACACAAUAUACAUCAAUUAUCACCUGACCUGACCAUGGCGAAGAUACUGCUGGGUAUAGACCAAGGAAUAAUGUGUCCAUCAGGUUUGGCAUACUGCCGGAAUAAAAACAGAUUGAAUUUGAGUCAAUGUGCUGAUAACAUUAAAGUGUAUGAUUUAAUAAUGGGAUACAUGUAAAACAUUUCUUAUCAUUUCAGAUCUGCAUUGCAUGAUUUUUUUUAUCUGGAAUAAUUCUGAAAAAUAUUUAUCACAAUUUAUUGAUAUACUUAAUAAUUGUCAUGACAAUAUAAAAUUUACAUAUUGUUUUUCUAAAGAAACAAUACCAUUUUUAGAUUUUAACAUUGUAAAAGGGUAAUAAUGGCACUCUGCAUGGUAGUGUUCAUGAAAUAGAUACUUACAGUUUUCAGUAUAUAGAUCUUUCAUCAUGUCACCCUAUUUCUUGCAACUGGGUAUUCCGUUUAGUCAAGCUUGACGCUAUAGGCCAGAACUUCAGUUGACGAAGGUUUUUAGAACGGAAUUGGUCAAAAAACAGUGAUUAUUUUGAAGCCCGUAAUUAUCCUGCAAAUAUUCAAAUGAAACAUUUAAAAAGGCGGUUUCUUUAACAAUGCAAGGGGCUCUUUCAACUUAUGAAAAAUAGGAAUACAGUAAUUCCAUUUGUGAGGACCGACAAUCCAUCCUUGCCUAAUAUUGGUAAAAUAUUAAACCAAUACUGGAAUUUUUAUAACUAUUCUGAACAUGAGAGUGCUAGUUAACUGCAUACUUAUAAAC